AUGCCUCGCCAGUCCCGUGGUUCCGCUCCCGCCCGUCGCUCGGCCCCCGCUCCGGCGCCUUCCAGGCCCGCUGUUGCGCCUCCGCAGCCGCCGCACCAGCAGGCCCGUCCUGCCUCCACCGCCGCUCACCCCCCGGCCCCUCAGCAGGGCCAGCCUCCGAUGCAGGCUCCUCAGUCGCAGGGCCCCGGCCUUUUCGGGCAGAUGGCUAGCACCGCCGCCGGUGUCGCCGUCGGUUCCUCCAUCGGCCAUGCCAUCGGUGGCAUGUUCGGCGGCGGCUCCUCCGCCCCGGCGGAGGCUCCUCAGCAGCAGACCGCCGUUGCCGAUAGCUACAGCCAGCAGCAGAAUCAGAGCUCUGGCGCAUGCGCUCAGGACAUCGGAAACUUCCGGAGGUGCAUGGACGAGAACCAGGGCUCCCUGACCAUCUGCGGCUGGUACCUCGACCAGCUGAAGGCCUGCCAGCAGGCCGCUAGCCAGUACUAA